AAUUCCUUUCAUUCCACAAGGUUGCAACUCACCAUGUCUAACACACUCCCCUCCACAAUAUUCGCAGCUCUCAAAUUUUCUCUCCUCCUCACCGGAGAAUCGCAUGACUUCACCAAGCGGAUACCCCGCAAAUCCCUGGGCCUUGAAAAGGAGAAGCUAAGCCAUAUACACUUCUACUUGCACGACAUUGUCAGUGGCCGUAACCCCACCUCCGUCCUCGUCGCCUCCGCCCCCAAAACCAACACUUCAGCGGCACCAUUCGGCGAAAUCCUCGUGAUGGAUGACGCGUUAAAUGUGGGACCAGAACCCAGUUCCGAACAAGUGGGGAGAGCUCAGGGAAUCUACGCGAUUGAUUCGUUGGGUGAGCCGGCGUUGUUGAUGGCUUUCAGUUGUGUGUUUACGGAGGGGAAGUAUAAUGGGAGCACGAUAAGUAUAUUGGGCCGGAAUGCGGUGUUUUCCGACGUGAGAGAGAUGCCGGUUGAUGACACAUCACCGGUGGUCGGAGGGAGCGGAGUGUUCCGGUUUGCACGGGGGUAUGCUGAGGCACGGACGCAUGCUUUCGACUUGAACAGUGGGAAUGCUGUUGUUGAAUAUGACGUUUACGUUUUUCAUUAUUGACUUGCUGUGUGAUGAUAGUUUUUUUAUUUCUAUUUUGCACGAGCUACUUGAUGAUUGUUUAACCGUUUUCUUUUCGUUAAAUGCUCAUUGUCCGUUCAUAUUUGAUUUCUUGAAGUUUUAUACCAUUCUCCCUGAGUUUUUUUUAGGAAAGCGAGUGAAUGUAUGAAAAUAUUUUGUAGUGAAAUUAUGUUAUAAUUAUAUUUAUUUUUAUUUAUUUUCA